CCGUCUUGUCUCGUCCCGUCUCGCCUCUUUUCUCAUCGGUCGCGAUCGGCGCAGGGGGAAAAUUUCACGGCGGCUGUCAUCGCAGUCCGUUGGCUUGUAUUCAGGCCAGAACUGUGCGCCCACCACCCACUACUCACCACCCGCCACCCAUCUCACCAACUCAAUUCCUCACCACCUCCCUCAGUAGUGUGCACCCCGUCUUCUCGCAACGCCCCGGCUGCGUCAGUCCCAAACGCCAGUGCCAGACCGGCUACUUCAGUAGUAAUACCGUUGCAGAUCGCAGCUCUCGGGCACUGAGCCUCCCUUCACAACUGGCCCACGGGGUCUCCACGGCGCAAGCGGUGACUUCCGGUGCCACCCCAUCCUAAACCAUCAUGAACAUCUCACAGCCGGUGUCGUCCUCGGUCGACCGGGUUGAGUUCACAUUCCUUACAAAGGAAGAGAUUCACGCAGUGUCGGUCAAGAAGAUCGAGAAUGACACCACCUUCGAUACCCUGCUGAACCCGGUCCGUGGUGGCUUGUAUGACCCUGCCCUUGGAUCAUGGGGUGAAUCAAUCUGUACCACAUGCAAUCUUGGCCAGCAGUCCUGCCCCGGUCAUGCUGGUCACAUCGACCUUCCCGUCCCAGUUUACCACCCGACAUUUAUGGAUCAAGUCCUUCGUCUGGUACGCGCUCAGUGCGUCUACUGCCAUCGCCUGCGUCUACCAAGGCGAGAAGUCCACCGUUAUGUCUGCAUCUUCCGCCUGCUGCAAUACGGCCUCCUCAAGGAGGCAGGCAUGGUCGACGCCAUAGGAGAGAACUUCCAUGGUUUGGCCAUGCCCGAUGUUCCCCAGGCGGAUAUAGCCGACUCAGACUCUGAAGACCAAGCCGGGGCCUCUGACGGCGUCAUGCGGGCGCGUGAUGCCUAUGUCCGCCGGGUCUUGCAGGAACAUCGACCUGCUUUGGGUCGCCGGAAGCACGAAGGUGCCGCUGAGCUGCGUACCGCCCUGGUUGGCGAGUUCUUCAAGGACAUUGUCAAGACAAGGAUGUGUGCUUCGUGCCGUGGCAUUUCUCCAAUCUAUCGUAAGGACCGAUCCGUCAAGAUUUUCGAGAGGACCCUAUCGGGAAAGGAGCAGGCCAAAAUGGCAAAGGCUGGUUUAAAACGAAGCGAAGGCAUUCCGAGCCACGCAUCCAAGAAGAACGACAAGAGAAGCGGCUAUGGGUCUGAUGAAGGUGUUGCCGAUUUGUCGUCCACCGACGAGGAAGGAAACACAUCGGACGAGGGCAGUGGCGACGCACUGGACGAGGACGGUGAUGUUGUCCCGCGCAAAGCCACUCGGAAGCAGCCCUCGGAACAGGAGGCUAUCGCUCAGCGGUACCUCUCCCCGGCUGAGGUGCGGCAUAGGCUGACCACGCUAUUUGAAAAGGAGCAGGAAGUCCUGGCCCUGGUGUAUUGCAGACAACAACGCGCCAAGACGACGCCGCUGCUUGCCUCCAACAUGUUCUUCCUGGAAACUAUCCUCGUGCCGCCCAACCGUUUCCGACCCGAAGCCCGCACCGGGGACUCUCAGAUUGCCGAGGCACAACAGAACAGCCUUUACAAGAACAUCAUCAGGGCGUCUGCGCAACUUGCAUCCAUCUACAGGCAGAUACAGGACCAGUCGACAGGCAUAGUUGAUCCGAGAGGACGAAGAAGCAUGACAGCACUUCAUGAAGCAUGGACCGAACUACAGGACUCAGUAAACGCUUUGAUUGAUCGAAAUCUCAACCCGGUACAAGGGGCCGCAGCGAAGCGGAAUGAGGAGGGAAUCAAGCAGAAGCUCGAGAAAAAGGAGGGUCUUUUCCGAAAGAAUAUGAUGGGAAAGCGAGUCAAUUAUGCCGCCCGAAGUGUGAUUUCCCCGGACCCCAAUAUCGAGACUAAUGAGAUCGGUGUUCCUCCGGUCUUCGCCCGAAAACUGACCUUCCCCGAGCCCGUCACAAGCCACAACUUCAAGGACAUGCAGCAGGCUGUCAUCAAUGGAGUAGAGAAAUGGCCCGGCGCGUCAGCCAUUGAGAAUGAGAAUGGUCAGACCAUCAACCUGCGGAACAAAUCCUUGGAGGACCGUAUCGCGCUCGCCAACCAGCUGCUCGCCCCAGCCAACAACACCUCCAGCGGGCUGAGGAACAAAAAGGUUCAUCGUCACUUGGCGAAUGGUGAUGUAGUCCUAAUGAACCGCCAACCGACUCUGCACAAGCCCUCCAUCAUGGGUCAUCGGGUCAGGGUCCUGCCUGGCGAGAAGACCAUCCGCAUGCACUACGCCAAUUGCAAUACCUACAAUGCCGAUUUCGAUGGUGACGAGAUGAACAUGCACUUUCCUCAGAAUGAGGUCGCGCGCGCGGAGGCGUUACAGCUGGCCGAUACAGACCACCAGUAUAUUUCGGGCACUGCAGGCAAACCGCUACGUGGUCUCAUUCAAGACCACCUGUCGGUCUCGGUCGCGCUCUGUGACAAGGAUACUUUGUUCGACAGGCAGGCCUACCAACAGCUCAUCUACGGUGCUCUUCGUCCGGAGAGCGGUCAUAUCCUAGGGGAAAGAAUUGCAAUGGUGCCUCCGGCGAUCAUGAAGCCCCGAGCACGGUGGACAGGCAAGCAAGUCAUCACGACAAUCCUCAAGAACAUCAAGCCGCCAAACUGCGGUGAUUUGUGGAUGAGUGGCAAGACCCAGAUCCCCGCUGCACGAUGGGGGCCAGACUCGGAGGAGGGUGCUGUCCUCUUCCAAGGUGGCGAGUUCAUUUGCGGAAUUCUGGACAAGUCUCAGCUCGGACCGAGCUCUGGUGGCUUCAUCCACUCCGUUCACGAAGUCUACGGACCUGCCGUUGCCGGCAAGCUGCUCAGCAGCAUGGGCCGCCUCCUGACGAGAUAUCUCAACAUGAGGGCAUUCACCUGCGGAAUGGAUGACUUGAGGCUGACACGAGAAGGGGAAGAGAAGCGGAAGGCCACGCUGGCAGAUGCUCCUCACAUUGGCCUCCGUGUUGCUGCUAAAUAUGUCACACUUGACGAGCAGAAUCCUGGGCCAUCAGACCCUGAACUUCUCAGCCGCCUGGAGGAAGUCAUGCGCGAUGAUUCGAAACAGGAGGGUCUCGAUGCGCUAAUGAACAAGGGCUCGUCCGAACUUUCCAGCGCCGUGACACAAGCGUGUCUGCCUAAUGGUCUUGAAAAGCAUUUCCCAAAGAACCAAAUGCAGUCCAUGACGACUUCCGGUGCAAAAGGCUCUUUGGUCAAUGCGAACCUGAUCUCCUGCAACUUGGGUCAGCAAAUUCUGGAGGGCCGGCGAGUUCCACUCAUGGUCAGCGGUAAAUCACUGCCAAGUUUCCGGCCAUACGACACGGAUAUCCGGGCCGGCGGGUACAUUGUGAACCGAUUUUUGACCGGCAUACGGCCACAGGAAUACUAUUUCCAUCACAUGGCUGGCCGUGAAGGCUUGAUCGAUACGGCUGUCAAGACGUCCCGUUCUGGCUACCUUCAGAGAUGUCUUAUCAAGGGCAUGGAAGGUCUCACAGUUGGCUACGACAGCUCGGUCAGGGACUCAGACGGAACACUGGUCCAAUUCCUAUAUGGUGAGGAUGGGCUCGACAUCGCGAAGCAAAAAUACUUAACGAAUUUUGGCUUUGUGCUCCGCAACUUUGAGUCGCAGCUGGCGCAGACUGAUCACGACGAGGCCGCCACGCUAGGGUUGUUCGACCACAAGGAAGAGUUCCUCAAGAAAAACAAGAUGGCAGUGAAGAAGGCGAAAGCGGGAUUAGUCAACACUGAUGAGCCUGUCAAUUGUGCGGUUGCUUCCGCACGGAAUGCGUUUGCCACCUCGGAGAAAUUCUACGAGGCCAUGUCUGAGUACAUCAAAUCCAACCCGGACUCACUGAUCAGGGACAAGAAAGACAAGGACGAGAACAAGCUCUUGGCGAAAGCCAUCACUUUGCCUCGGAAACAAGUCGAGAAGAUUCUGGCGGCCAAGUACUUGAGGUCUCUAGUGGAGCCUGGUGAGGCAGUUGGCAUUGUCGCCGGGCAAUCAGUUGGAGAACCGUCGACACAGAUGACCCUGAACACGUUCCACUUGGCUGGCCAUUCGGCCAAGAACGUCACGCUGGGUAUUCCUCGACUCCGCGAAAUUUUAAUGACGGCUAGUGCGAACAUCUCCACUCCGGCCAUGACACUCGUACUAAAUGAGGAGCUGUCAGCGGAGGACGGUGAGAUGUUCGCCAAAGCUAUUAGCGUCUUGCCACUCUCCCAUGUCCUAGACAAGGUGUCCGUUAGUGAACGAGUCGGAAAAGGUAUUGGAUAUGCGCUGGCAAAGGUAUUCCGCAUACGCCUCAAGUUUUUCCCUUCGCACGAAUACACAGAAGCAUACAACAUUGGUAUUUCCGAUGUUCUAGACACGGUAGAGAACAAGUUCUUGUCACAGCUGGCCAGGGACAUCAAGAAGGAAAUAAAAAAGAAGAGCAGUGGCGUGACUUCGGCGACGCCAGUUGUCGGCAUCAAGUCUGGCACCAUCGAAAUGGCCGGCCCUCCACGCGAGGUGGAGGGCCCUGCGGGCGGUGACAACGAGGACGGAGACGAUGACGACGACGACGACGGUGAUGGCGAUGCUACAACCGCGAAACGACGAGCUAACCGUGGUGAAGAGGCGUCAUACGGCCCCAACGACGAGGAGGAUGACGCAAUCCAACAGCGGUUGCAGAGGGAAGGGGACCUUGGCAGUGAUGACGAGGAUGAAGGUCUCGGCGAGAGCCCGGUUGCUGAAAAUGAUGACGUCCCGACUGUUGAGGAGGGGCCGUCUGCAAGCCAGGCCGUCGAGGGUGCCUCUCGCGAGAGCCGUGUCAAGGAGAAGACACCCAACGUCACGGAGUUCCGGUGCGACGAGUCAAAGGGCGAGUGGUGCGACUUCGUCUUGGAGUACGACGUCAAUGUGCCCAAGAUCCUCAUGCUCAACUUGGUGGAGGCUGCUGUACGAAAGACGCUCAUCCAGCAGAUACCAGGCGUGGGCCAGUGCACCUUCGUCGCAAAGGACAAGGUCUUUGAUGUCCGGGCCGGCGGGGAGGUGGAGGCGGCGGUUGUUCACACGGCCGGCGCUAACCUACAAGCCAUGCAGAAGUACAGCGACUACAUCAACCCAAACAAGAUCUCGACAAACGACAUCGCCGCCGUGCUCGCUGUAUAUGGUGUCGAAGCAGCGCGGAACAACAUCAUUCGGGAGUUGAGUAAUGUCUUUGGCGGCCACGGCAUCAGCGUCGACAACAGGCACCUGAACUUGAUCGGAGACCACAUGACAAGGAAUGGCGGCUUCUCGCCGUUCAACCGGAUGGGUCUGCGGGGCAAUGUCAGCCCCUUCACCAAGAUGAGUUUCGAAACAACACUGGCGGUACUCAAGGAUGCGCUACUUGAUGGUGACUGGGACGACCUGAGCACACCGAGUGGGAGGCUGGUACUGGGAAGGCUAGGGAAGGCAGGGACAGGAUCGUUUGAUGUAUAUACUGCCGCGCCCAUGAGGCACUUUGAUCCGAUGAGAGCAGAUGCGAUGGAGCAGUAAAGCAGGUAGACACGAUGUUUUGAGAUAGGCCGGAACGGCGCCGGUUCCCGGGCCUUUGACGAGAGGAAUGAACAUGGGUUCCUAAAUGCUAUCCUGAUAAAGCAUCGCACCGACUAAUAUGUUCACUCAACAGUCAAGACAGAUCACAGAACCCACCAACACCGAGCGCGAUGUCUGCCGGACCGCCACCCGUGGACCCCAGCCCGCCAGCGAGCCAGUUUGAGCAGUUAUUGGGCUAACAUAGUGGCAAUGCAGCGACCAGGAUCCUCAAGGAGGAAGCAAGGCCCAUGCUAUGCAGCCAUGCUCAGGCACUGGGAGGCUCAAGCGCGCACGACAGACAUCAACGCCUACAACCAGGCCCUUGGGCAUUCAGCACACUCACGCCGAGUACUGCAGAGGUAGGGUACACAACACGGCAGGACUUGAGUCCGCGCUUGCGGGCCAGUGGGGUCAACCCGCGUCGCGUCGCGUCGCGCGGCGCUUCACGGGUUUACAUGUCAUGUUUACUCAUACAUACUUCAAGUAGUGAGCAGACAACGAGAGGAGAUACGCACGUCUCUCGCAAGCACAAGACGGUAAGUGUUUUUGAUCAUGAAUUUCC